CACAAAACAACAGUGACGCUACAUGCAGGCCUGGAAUUUGGAGCGCAUACCAUUACCGAACUUUUCCACAUAUGUGUUUUACACGACAUUAUCACUCUUAGGAUCUGUACUUCACGUGUCUUUCCGGUUGACUAAGGAUGUGAAAUCUGAGGGAUUUAGGAACUCUACUUCACCGUGCUACCCGAAACUAGCAUUAACUUUCUGCCUAGAAGAUAGUUGGUGCUUUUGGAGCUUCAUAAACUCUGGAUAUUGUUUGCUUAUGUAUGCUGCAAGGGAAUUACAAAAUUUAUUUUUCGGCCAACUUCGAAGUGCUGAAGAUUCACAUAUUAGAGAAAAUUUUUCCAGUUUUAUUUUUUAUAAGGUGGUUUUUAUUUAUGGUAUCCUUCACGUAGAAGCUCUUCAUGAACUCCUUCUCUGGGCAACGUGGUUCACCAUUCUUGGCUUUCUGCGUCUUCUUACCGGACUUAUCAGAGAUCGUUCUCAGUACACUCUUCGUUCUGAUUUUUCGCUAACCUAUCAAGCCCGAAUAUUUCUAUUAUGUUGCCUGCUUCUGCUUUUCAGCAACGUUCUAAUGAUUAUCUCGAUCAUCGUGGGUGCAAAGCAUUCUCUUAAUACUAUGUUUUUCAUGCUUGCUGAGGUAUUCCAACUUUUGAUUGUCACUGUUCAUGUUAUCACAUGGUAUGUAGUUUAUCUUUAUUGCGAAGUCGCCUCUCGAUCGGAUAAUGAUGAUCAAGUUUAUCACCGCUUCGUGCUUCUUUAUUACACAGAUUUGCUUUUUGAUACCAUUGCUGAUUCUGGCGACGCGUUGCAUAACCUACAUAUGUUAUUUUGGAAUAAACUUCAGUUAAACAUGUCAAGUAUCAUUGUUGCCUUGCAUCUUCAACAUUUAUAUUACAAAGUGUCAAAGCGUUUUGCACAUCAUAAACGCUACAAAAUUGCACUGAAAAGUUUGGAUUCUCGAAUAGUCUAUUCCAAAUUGAAGGAAAAUUGUCCUAUUUGUUGGGAAAAAAUGUGCAAAGCUUGUCAACUCCCUUGUGGACAUAUUUUUCAUUCUGCAUGUUUAUAUUUAUGGAUUGAACAGAACAACAGCUGUCCUAUAUGCAGGAAGUGCUUUGAUGAUUUAGGUGACCUGCCUCCGAAUACAUUGACAACAAAUUUACCCACAACACCUCUCAGUUCUUUCUCUACUAAUGUGUCUUCCGAAACACCAAGAGGUCCAAGCAGUGGGUCUAGUCUUCACUCAUCAUCACCUUCAUUUAGUCACAUUGAUUUCCGUUCUAAAAGUCAACUUCGCAAAACAGGUGUUCCAACUACGAAAAAUUCUAAUUUUCCCGAUCGUCAAAUAGCAACAGAGUCAUUAUUUUCCGCAAAUAAGUUUAUUCAAUCUAACGAAUCAUACUUUUCGGCAAUGGUUAGUAUGGAUCGUCUGUUAGACGUACACGAUCAGUUGAUUGCAGAAGAUGUUGCUAAUGUUCGAACUCGUCCAAAGAAUCCAUUGCCUGCCAAGUUCUUAGCCAUACUAGAAGCGGAAUUGAUGUCUCAGUAUGAAUUUCAAAGGGAUUGUGUCAAUCGCAUAUUGAAUGAUAACAGUUCAUAUUCGACAAGAACAAAACACUAAUAUAACAUAUUUUUCAAGUCUGGUAAUUAUAGUUGGUUUCUGUCAUAUGUUUGUGAUAUAUGAUUUCACUUGCUCACUACUGGUCUGAUAUAAUUGAGUUCGGAUGGAGAAUAUGUUGGUUAUCGAGAACAGUUAACGUUAUGAACAGUUUGACAGAUACAAUGUGAUAUAACUUCUUCGGUACUACGUACCUGGAGUGACGUUGAUUUAAUGAUAAUUUUUCAGCUGAUAACAAUUCUACUCAAUAGCUAUAUAUGAAUUUCUCUGGUGAGCUGUUGAUCGCCUUCAUGAAGAUGAAUUACAUCCAACUUUCUCAAAUAAUGUGUUUGGCGAUUGAUUAAACUGUGUUAUUCCCAGAAAUCAUCGUUCCAUGCAUCCCAGUAUAAUUUAGAAAAUUUCCUGUUUAUAUUUACGUCGUAUAAAAUUAUUGUUGCGACUAAACGGCUUUAUUUACCAGAUACCAUAUGCUUUUGACCCAUUUAGCUUCGACAUUUUCACUUACCUGAGAAUUCGAACUAUUGGGAGUUACAUUCACCUAAAUGUAAACAACGAGAUGGCCCAUUAUUUGAUUAUGCUGAUAAUUCACACGCCCGGGAAUGUACCGAUCAGGGUUCAGUCAUUUCAUCAACUACCAAUACAUUAUUUUCGACAUCAUAUUCUCAGAGUUCAUCGGAUUCAUCUCAUACAGAUGAUGAAGACAAUGAAUUUCCACCUAAACGUGCUUUACGAUUGGCCAUUAGACGGUUACUGCAUCGUGUCAGUCAAUCACUUUUAAUGUCAGGAAAGAUUUGUCAAUGUCAUGCAUUAAAUCUUUGUCCACAUAAGUCUGACAUUUUCGAAAGAGAUAAGUCACCAAUGCAGCCCACCUCAUCGAUGAAUAAUACAAUUGGUCAGACUCCAACUACUUCAACAGCAUUCUCUUUAUGUUCAUCUACAAUUUCUUCAUCUUCCACACAAACUACUAAACAUCAAAUGUCUACAUCGGUUUGUAGUGAUGCAACUUGUUCAUCUGAUGCAUUACCGCUUGGAAAUCUGAAUUCUCGGACUACUUGUUCAAUCUAUGAACAGUUACGUGUUGAGAGCGAAUGUUAUGAGUACAAUUUGUCUACAGACUCGUAUCUCUUCAAAAGUAAUUCAAAGGAAGAACAGAAAAAAUGUCUAUUGUCUCGACGGGAGCACUUCAAACGCUUAGCUAGACGUGCUUACUUAAAGAAUACCAAACAUAAAUAACUGAUCCAUCACUAUAUGACUUGAUUCCUUUCACAUUGUCUAUUUGUUUUUACUUAUUGACUUAGAUUUGUUAUAUUAUUCCCUCCAAAAUGUUCGUCCAUCCCUUUUUUGUUCUAUUAAAUCCGCUUCUCAAUAUUUGUAAUGAACCAUUUUACAAAUUGAUUUGGACUAACUGAUGUAUCCUGCUUUCGUUUGAGCAACUAAUACCCAAAACCCACACAUUUCAUUACUUCGGGCUCUGUUUUGUUACAUGUAUUUACUUUGGGUAAUAUUUAACCUAUGAAUUCUUUUAUACUUCAAAUUUUCGAUGUACUUUUGUUGACGCUUUUUGUAUUCUGAGUAUUUACAUUGAAUAUUGUGGCUUGUUUAUUUUUGCUUUAUAGUUUUUAUACGAAAUAAGAUUUGCUUUACUGGGCCUAUGUUAUUUCGCGCAGUGAUUUUGUAAAUAUUGGUACUUAUUACUUUGUUUUUUUACUUAACCUAAUUUUUUUAGGUCUCACUUAUUAUAUGCUGUUAUUUAACCUUUCACCUGACGAUAUUACAUUACAUUGGGAUGCCGUUA